CAUUUGAUUUCCAAAUUAACACAGGGGACCCAAUCCCCAUCCACAAUCUGCUAGUCUUCUCUACUGUAGUGUUGGUACCUAUUUCAAAAUCCUCACUUUCCCUAAUACCACCAUAAAACGAAGCUAACCUACCACUACUACUACAGAGAAACACACACACACACACACACAAAAAGAUUCCUCAAUUCAUUUUUCUCAAGGACAAACUAAAAUCCCAUUUUCUUUUUUUUUUUUUGCAAAUCAUAAACCAACAUGCCAUCAGGUGCCAAGAAACGAAAAGCUGCUAAGAAAAAGAAGCAGUUACAAGCAAAAGAACCCUCUCUUCUUUCUCAUUCUCAUGGUGAGGAAGAUUUGAAACAUGAUGAUAAAGAGAGUGAUAGUGAGGGUGGUGGUUCCCCUUCAUCACAAGAUAACCAGAAUCAUCAAAACCAGUUCACUGAAGGGGAGGUAGAAAAGGGGUAUAAGCAAUUGGAUGGUUCACACGAUCGGUCGAUCCAUGAGAAUGAAUUCAAUGGGGUGAAAAAUGAAGGCGCGGAAGUGGAGAUCGUCGGAAAUGAAGAUGGAGGUCUUGUUCAGGUUGAAAGGGAAUUGAAAGUUAAAGGUGAAUCUGAGAGCCAGAAGAUAAAUGUCGAAUAUGUUGAACCCGCUGUUGAGUCUGAAACAGGAGGGUUGCGAAGGAGUUCCAGUAGCAGCAGCAGUAGUAGCAACAGCUCAGUAGAAAAACAUGCUGUUGCUGAUAAGAAUGAUAGUGUGGUUGAUGGUGCUCCAGCUGUUGAAUUAGUUAAAGAUAAUGAAUCUUUGCCUGAUAAGGUUGAUAUUGUGGUAGAGAGUGCUCCAGUUGUUGAAUUAGUGAAAGAAAAUGAAUCUUUGCCUGAUACACAAGUUGCUGAUAGCCUUGUGGGAACAGCAUCUACAUCCAAUUUGGAUAAGGCUGCAAUAUCAGAAGACGUAGUUCAAGUGACAACAAGUGCUUCAAAUGCUGAUAAUUUGACGGCAUCUACCGUUGAACCUGUGGUGAAGGGAAAAGGGGAAGAAAAUCUGUGUGUUGUGGAUGAGAAAGGUACAGCUUCAGAUACUGUUGUGGAAAAUUGCGAGGAAAAUUUGGGUGCUGUAGUUGACAAAGCCACAGUUCCAGAAGUUCUGGUGGAAACAGCAUCAGAGAAAAGAGAUGAAGCAGCUAGUGCAGUAUCGAAUGGUCAUGCUUUAGCAAAUACAGAUGCAAAGGCUUCUGCCACCCCAGAAAAUGAAGCCAAAAUAGAGGCACCCCACAAUGCUCCUAAAAUUGAUGCCGGUGUUUGUGCAGAUAAUGUGAAAGACUCUCCAGCUCUCCACGAGCAUCAGUUAACUGCAUUGCCUCCACGACCAGUGCAGACAACUUCCUGGAAGAGUUGCUGCGGCUUGUUUGAGUUGUUUGCUGGAUCAAAUAGAUAAAUUGAGAAUAAGAGCAUGAAGCUGGUUGAAUGGAGUAGCAACAGUUGGAGUUAUAAAAGUUAAUGACUGCCGUCAUGUUCUUGAACAGCGUUUAUGCAAGGGGCCUUGUUAUAGAAAUUUGAAUGUUCAGUAAUCCUAGUUUAGUUCGAAAAAGCAGCUCAGAACUUCUCGUCUCUUAGCUGCUUUCCUGGUAUUUUGCAGUGCUUAGUUUCUUUUCUUGUAUGUUCUAUUGGUGUGAUGUACCUGCUCCUCAGGGAGUUUGAAGAGCCUCUUUUAUGUUUUUCCAUUGCACAGGAUACUUGGAAUUGUUAUUCAUCAAAACUUCACCGGCAUAUACUUAUAUCCUUGGGGUUUGCUCAUAGGCUUCGAAGUUUUGUUAUUAAUACACUCCUCCUACUUUUCUUCA